GAGAGGGGCUGGAGGGAAGAGGGUGUUUGUCCCAGGUCCCUACCAGGUGCCCGUAGACGUCGGCAGGCUGGAGGUAGAAGGUGGAGUUGAGCAGCUCUUCCAGCCUGCGCGGGACGUCGUUCUCCCGAUAGUACUCCAUCGCCUGCUGCUUCAGCCUCUGCAGCUCCCUAGUGGUCCCAAAGCUACGGCCGCCGCCUUCUCCCAUGAUGGAGAGUGUUGGCGUGUACGGACUCUGUGGGUGUGCAGCGAAGAGCAAAGUGAAGUGUGAUUCCAGGUGGGAAAUACCAGCUUCAGAAACAGCCCCCACGUCUGCAUAUUCAUCUCCAGCCCGGAGUCUGGGGGACACAGGGAUAACGCCGCUGUCCCCUUCCCAUAUCGUGAAUGAUGCUGACCCAAAUGUCUCGGAGCAGCAGACCUUUCUGGUGGUGGUGGCCAUUGACUUCGGAACCACGUCCAGCGGCUACGCCUACAGUUUCACCAAGGAGCCAGAAUGUAUCCACGUGAUGAGGCGAUGGGAAGGGGGUGACCCCGGGGUGUCCAACCAGAAGACUCCGACCACCAUCUUGUUGACUCCCGAGAGGAAGUUCCACAGCUUCGGGUAUGCCGCCAGGGACUUCUACCACGACCUGGAUCCCAACGAGGCCAAGCAGUGGCUGUACCUGGAGAAGUUCAAGAUGAAGCUGCAUACCACUGGGGACCUCAACAUGGAUACAGACCUAACGGCAGCAAACGGCAAGAAAGUCCAAGCCCUUGAAAUCUUUGCGUACGCCCUGCAGUACUUCAGGGAGCAGGCGCUGAAGGAGCUGAGUGACCAGGCGGGGUCGGAGUUCGAGAACUCUGAUGUCAGAUGGGUCAUCACGGUGCCUGCCAUUUGGAAGCAGCCGGCCAAGCAGUUCAUGAGACAAGCUGCCUAUCAGGCAGGCCUGGCCUCCCCGGAGAACGCCGAGCAGCUCAUCAUCGCCUUGGAGCCCGAGGCGGCCUCCAUCUACUGCCGGAAGCUGCGGCUGCACCAGAUGAUCGAGCUGAGCAGCAAGGCCGCGGUCAACGGGUACAGCUCCGGCGACGCAGUGGGAGCUGGGUUUGCACAGGCUAAGGAACACAUACGGCGUAAUCGGCAGAGUCGGACCUUUUUGGUGGAGAAUGUCAUAGGAGAAAUCUGGUCGGAGCUGGAGGAAGGUGACAAGUAUGUGGUCGUGGACAGUGGCGGGGGCACCGUAGACCUGACCGUCCAUCAGAUACGGUUACCGGAGGGACACCUGAAAGAACUGUAUAAAGCAACAGGUGGACCCUAUGGAUCCUUAGGAGUAGAUUAUGAGUUUGAAAAACUUCUGUGUAAAAUAUUCGGAGAAGAUUUUAUCGAACAAUUCAAAAUCAAGCGUCCAGCGGCCUGGGUUGACCUAAUGAUUGCAUUUGAGUCUCGUAAAAGGGCAGCUGCCCCAGACCGAACUAACCCACUGAACAUCACCCUGCCCUUCUCCUUCAUCGACUACUACAAGAAGUUCCGUGGGCACAGCGUGGAGCACGCCUUGAGGAAGAGCAACGUGGAUUUUGUGAAGUGGUCCUCACAAGGGAUGCUGAGGAUGAGUCCAGAUGCCAUGAACGCGCUUUUUAAGCCCACCAUUGACAGCAUCAUUGAGCAUCUCCGGGACCUCUUUCAGAAGCCCGAGGUGUCCACGGUCAAGUUCCUCUUCCUGGUGGGAGGCUUUGCCGAGGCACCCCUCCUGCAGCAGGCGGUGCAGGCCGCCUUCGGAGACAAGUGCCGCAUCAUCAUCCCCCAGGACGUGGGCCUCACCAUCCUCAAGGGCGCCGUCCUCUUCGGCCUGGACCCCGCCGUCAUCAAGGUGCGCCGGUCGCCGCUCACCUACGGGGUGGGCGUGCUGAACCGCUACGUGGAGGGCAAGCACCCGCCUGAGAAGCUGCUGGUGAAGGACGGCACUCGCUGGUGCACCGACGUCUUCGAUAAGUUCAUCUCCGCCGACCAGUCGGUGGCCCUGGGGGAGCUGGUCAAGCGGAGCUACACCCCGGCCAAGCCCUCGCAGCUGGUCAUCAUCAUCAACAUCUACAGCUCCGAGCACGACGACGUGAGCUUCAUCACCGACCCGGGGGUGAAGAAGUGCGGCACCCUCCGCCUGGACCUCACGGGGACCAGCGGCGCCGCCGUGCCCGCCCGGAGGGAGAUCCAGACCCUCAUGCAGUUCGGGGACACAGAGAUCAAGGCCACGGCUGUGGAUAUAGCCACCUCGAAGAGCGUCAAGGUUGGGAUUGACUUCUUAAAUUACUAA